GUGCUGGUCGGAGGCUAAGAGCACCAGAGCCUGGUACAGAGGACGAUUCAACAUGUGACGAGCCAUCUCAGUUCACAGAGAGAGAGCGACCACGGCCUCAAGGGUCGUCCCCCGUCGAGGAGUAUCCUGAAACGGAAAAAUACACCGACAGUGACAAAGAGUGCGAAGCAGACCAUGACCAUUACCACAAAAGUGGGAGUGGAAAGAAAAGUAAAAAGUCUGGGCUCGGGUCCAUGUUUGAAAAGCGCUCAACUCCAAAGAUGAGUAAACUGAAGGAAGACCACAGCCCUGAGUCUGGGGUGAUGGUGAAAACAGCCCAAGAUGGAUGUUCAGAGGGUCUUGUUUAUGGUGGAGGAGGGAGAGAGGGAAUAUUCAUAAAAGAAGUGGUACCAGAGUCACCUGCCUCAAAUCUGAAACUAAAAGAGGGUGAUCAAAUUCUGAGUGCCACUGUUUAUUUUGACAACAUGUCAUACGAGGACGCCAUUCAGAUUCUGGAGCACGCUCAGGCUUACAAAGUAAAGCUCUGCUUGAAACGCACACCAGUCAUCACAGAGACGGAACCAGUCACCGAAUCUGACGUCAUCCCUGAAGAAGAUGUCUACGCUCCAGAGAUGAGAGAGAAUGGAAAAACCAAAAGGCGUAGUGAUGCCCGCAUUUCUUGGCCUAAGUUUCCCUCCUUUGGAAAAGGAAAAAAAAAGUCUCGCUUUUCAAGGUCUCACAGCUCCUCAGAGGCUGAGGAGCAAAGAAAGCUUGAGCUUAGCCCCACUACAAGCGAUACUGAGUCCCCUAUAAAGUCUCAGGAUGCCCUGAAGGGCAAGAAGAAGCAUAAAAUAAAGCUUCCUCUUUUGUCAAAGAGAGGUCGCAUAAGUUCAUCAGAAGACCAGGACACAGAUGCACCAACAACUGCGCAGUUGGUUUCCCCUGAGACCCUUGGAAGUCCCUCAGGAGAAUCACCUCAGGUCUAUGUGACAGAGGAGCUAAAGGUAUUUGAAGACUUAAGAUGGGAGGAAAAAGAGCCUAAAACUGUUCAACACAAGGUGGAACUCAUCACUAUAGAUAGCACUUUGAAAACAGAAGAUGUAACCUUGGCUCUAGCAGGUGAAGAAAGCUCCUCUGGUGUCAAGUCCCCUGAUGGGAAGAAAAAGAAGAAAGAGCGGUCUGAAUUAAAAAUGAAAAUUUUGGGGAAGGAUAAAUCACACAAGAAGGAUGCAAAGCCAAAAUCAUCACCAAAAAGGCUGAAAACGCUUGGGGCAAGUAUUGAAACAGCAGACCAAUCUGAAAAUAGAAAAGGAGAUCAACCAGCACUUGAUGCCAAUACCCAAAUAAUCAGCAGUGAUAGCUCAAGGGUAAUCCAAGCCAAAUCAGAGGGAAUAAAUGUACCAAAGGUGGAACUUGAAGUAUCUGAUGUUACACUGAUACAAAAAUCUCCACAGAAAGUUGAAGAAAAAACUAAGACAGGCAAGGACAUUAAACAGAAACAAGAAAUAAAGACAGGUCCAACAUUUAAAAUGCCUAAAAUAGGUUUUAAUGACAUUGCAAAAGUUGAUGUAAAUGUUGGAGAAUGCACAACAAAAACUGAGCAGCUUACUACUGAGGGUACAGAAGAGAAAGUAGAUCCUUAUGACCGACUGUCAAAAAGUAUUUCCAAAACAAAACUUCCAAAACGUGAAGAUAUUGAGAUUCCAGGUAUGGAGGACAUGUCUAUGAGAACCACAGCCAAAGGAAUUAAAGUGCCUAAAGCUGUUUUUACAGGCCAUUAUGAAAAGAUUCAAGCUGAAACUGCACAAAUGUUGAUUGAUGUGGACAGCGUGAAAGAGGCAGUUUCUAAAUUGCCUGGAUUUAAGCUGCCUAAGGUUGACACAAGUGGAAUGCUUAUUCCAGAAGAAAUUACUGUUAUAGACGCAAAUGCACAGAGAAUAUCAGUGAAAACACCGACUAAAACGAAACAGGGCGCACACUUCAGUAAGGCGGACAUCACUGCCACUCAUGAAAUCUCCAAAACAACAAUCAAACUCCCAAAGAUCACACCAUCUUAUCUUACUUCAGAGGAAUUUGUAAUGGAGACCAAGGUAGAUCUUAAAAAAACUGAAAAGGAAUACAAAACUGAGCCUAAACAAAGUGGCGAAGCGGUAAAUAAAAGAGAACAUAUCCUAAUCCCUGGAAAGGAAAGUGAACAAGAAGUGGUGAAUCUUCUGACACAAGAAACACAAGACGACAAAUCAAAGAAGGCAAAGAAAAAGAUACCGAGCUUUGGGAUUGGAAAACCAGAAAUAAAAAUCCCGGAUGUUGGAAUUCACUUUCCAAAACAAAAUAUCUCUGAGCAAAAAGGUGACAACGUAAAAGACGAAAGGACUAUAUUCCUCCAAGAAGUACAAAUAUCAAAGACAAACACAAGUACGAAGAUUGGAGAAGUCACAUCUGAUGUCAAAGUACCGGAAAUUGAAGGCAUUGAAUACAUUGAUUCAGCUGAAGGAUCACCAGCCAGAAAUGAAAGUGGCAUUGGGUUUACACGUUUUGAUGUUAAUCUUGAUGCUGCACGCCCAAAGGCUGAGCACACAUUUAAACUGCCCAAAUUUGGAGCAUCAACUCUGAUCAUCAGCGAAAAUGUGUCCGAUGCAGACAAGGACAUAAAUAUUGAUGGGGCUGAGAUACAAAUACUUGAAAAAGAGGAAAAGAGUGGCAAGUUCAAAAUGCCAAAUGUUGACAUCUCCAUGCCAAAAAUAAAAGGUCCUAAAAUUGAUUUAAGCCUAUCAAAAAAAGAUGUAGAUGUCACACUACCAGAAUCUAAAACUGAGAUUAAACGCCAAGACAUUUCUGAGGUUGACAUCAAUGUAGAGGCUUCUAUACAAGAGCGAAAGAUGGAGGUCAAAAAACCUGAAGUGGAAAUCCAACCAAGGCAGCCUGAAGGUGAACUUGAUGGACAAGGAAGCAAGUUCAAGAAACCAAAGUUUGGAAUCGCGACCGCAAAAGUAAAAGGACCUGAAAUUCACUUUGGCUUAUCAAACAAAGACCAAGAUAUGACACUUCCUGAAGCCAAGGCUGAAGUAAAAGUCCUUGAUGCUCCUGAAAUUGAUGUCAGUCUUGGAAAAGCUGAUGUUUCUUUUCCAACGUGGAAAACGGAAGUCCCUUCAGUAGAUAUGAAAACUACAGGAACUGAAGAGGACGGGAAAGGAAGCAAAUUUAAAAUGCCACAUCUUAAUUUCUCUAUGCCAAAAGUGAAAGCACCUAAAAGUGAUUUAAGCUUACCAAAGACAGAAGUAGAUGUAAAAUUACCAGAGACAAAAGCUGAUGUAAAACUUCCAGGGGUUGAUGUUGGAAAAGUAGACGUUUCAAUUCCAGAGGUUAAGAUGGAGGUUAGAAAACAUGAAACUGAAAUGCAGUUAUUGCCUGGUGAAGUUGAACUAGAUGGACAGAGAGAAAAGUUCAAAAUGCCAAAGUUUCAAAUCAAAAUACCAAACGUAAAAGGGCCAGAAUUUGACUUGAGCUUGUCGGGGAAAGACGUUGAUGUCUCAUUACCCCAGUCAAAAGUUGAGGUAAAACACUCGGAUGUCCCUAAAGUUGAUGUCAGUCUUGAAAAAGCACACAUUUUGAUGCCGGAUGCAAAGGCCAAAGUUAAAGAAAAUGAUCUUGAGAUGAAAGCUUUGCAGACCGAACCUAAAGGACAAGGAUAUAAGUUCAAAAUGCCAAAGUUUGGAAUUUCCAUGCCAGAGGUAAAAGGACCUGCAUUUCAUCUAGGCUUAUCAAAGAAAGAUGUAGAUGUCACACUACCAGAAGCCAAAGUUGAGUUCAACCUCCCUGAAGUAAAACCAAAACUACCUUCUGCUGAAAUGCCUAGAGUCAAAGGGCCAUAUGUAGACUCAAGCUUAUCAAAGAAAGACACAGAUAUUACAUUUACAGGGACCAAAGCUGAAAUCAAAUUCCCAAAGGCCCCUAAAAUGGAUGUCAGUAUUGAAAAAGCAGAGGUUUUCAUUCCAGAGGCAAAGGUGGAAGUAAAGAAACCUGAAAAGGAAAUAAAACUUUCCCAGACUGGAAUUGAACUCGAAGGAAACAGAGGCAAGUUCAAAAUGCCAAAGUUUGGAAUCACAAUGCCAACUUUUGAAGGACCUGAGAUUGAUUCAACCAUCUCAAAGACAAAUAUAGAUGUGAAAAUACCAGAGGCCAAAGCUAAGGUUGAACUCCCAGAAGCUCCUGAAAUUGCUGUGGAAAUAAAACCACCAGAGUACGAGUCAGAAAGGGAUGGGAAAGGAAGCAAGUUCAAAAUGCCAAAGUUUGGAAUUUCAAUGCCAAAAGUAAAGGGACCUCAAAUUGAUUUAAGCAUUCCAAAGAAAGAUAAAGAUGCGACGAUGCCAGAGGCUAAAGCUGAAGUUAAACUCCCAGAUGCUCCUAAAAUUGAUGUGGAUAUUAAGGCGCCAGAGUGUGAAGCUGAAAUGGAUGUGCAAGGAAGCAAGUUCAAAAUGCCGAAGUUUGGAAUCACAUUUCCAAAAGUAAAAGGACCUGAGAUUGACUUAAGCAUUUCAAAGAAAGAUGUAGACGUGACUCUACCAGAGGCUAAAGCUGAAGUUGAUCUCCCAGAAGCUCCUAUAAUUGAUGUGGAUAUGAAAGCACCAAAGUGUGAAGCAGAAAUGGAUGUACAAGAUGGCAAGUUUAAAAUGCCGAAGUUUGGAAUGAAAAUGCCAAAAGUAAAAGGACCUCAAAUUGAUUUAAGCUUCUUAAAGAAAGACGUAGAUGUGACAAUACCGGAGGCUAAAGCGGAGGUUGAACUUUCAGGAGCUCCUACAAUCGCGGUGGACAUGAAACUACCAGAGGGAGAAGCAGAAAUGGAUGGACAAGGAAGCAAGUUCAACAUGCCAAAGUUUGGAACAUCAAUGCCAAAAGUAAAAGGAUCUGAAACUGAUUUCAGCUAUUUCAGAGUCACAGUACCAGAAAACAAACUCCCCGAUGUUGAACUAAAACAACCUUCUGCUAAAGUGGAAAUCGAAGCACCUGAAAUUGAAGCUCAAGGAAGCAGUAAGAAAGGGUCACCUUCAAAAUUUAAAAUGCCCACAUUUAAUUUUCCUAAAUUUGGGGCUGCCACUCCAAAUCUCAGCGCUGAAGUACCUGACAUAGAAAAUGAAAUCAAAAUAGGUGGCGCAGACUUGCACAUAGCUGUGCCCCACACAGAUGUUGAUGCACCAGACGUUAAAGCAGAGGUCCGGCUGCCAGAGAUUGAAGUCAAACAUAUUUUAGGCACUGUUGCGAUAGAGCAACAGCCAGAGGUUGAGAUUGAUGCAAAAUUGAAAAAGCGAAGGUUUUCAAUGCCCAGAUUCUCUUUUUCAAAAGGAAGUGUUAAAGCCCCAGAAGUUGAUGCAAACGUUCACGAUGUGAAUGUUGCAAUUCCAGAAGGAAAUGUUGAAGUGAAAGGAGGGGAAGUUGAAACAAAACUACCAGAAUGUGAAGCAGAUGUUGACAGGAAGGGAAGCAAGUUUAAAAUGUCGACAUUUGGAAUCACAAUGCCAAAGGUAACAGGAACUGAGAUUGAUUUGAGCUUAUCAAAGAAAGAUGUAGACAUCACGCUCCCAGAAGCCAAAGCUGAAGUUCAACUUCCAGAAAUCAAAAUAAAACAACCAUCUGCUUCCGUGGAAAUUAAAGCUCAUGAGAUUGACGGAAAAAAAAUAGGUGAUUUUAAAGGAUCACUGUCAAAACCUAAAAUGCCAACAUUUACAGUACCCACAUUUGGAGCUGCUACUUCAAAGGUCAGUGUGGACAAACCUGAUGUGGAUUUACACAUUGACGGAGCUACAGUUGAUGUCACGGCACCCAGCAUUGACACUGAAGGCCUAUCUGUAGAUAUCAAAGCUAAAGAAAGUGACAUUGAAAGAUCGGGAAGCAAGUUCAAAAUGCCAAAGUUUGGCAUCUCAAUGCCCAGAGUUAAAGGACCUGAGCUUGAUUUAAGUUUAUCAAAGAAGGAUUUAGAAGUCACAUUACCAAAAUCCAAAGCUGAAAUCAACCUGGCCAGUGUUGAAAUCACACAACCUGAAGUGGAAAUCAAAGCUCCUGAGAUCAAGGUUGCAACAAAGGAUAAAGAAGGAUCACCAUCAAAAUUCAAGAUGCCGACGUUCAAAUUACCAACAUUUGGUGUUAAUAUUCCGAGUGCCUCUGUGGAAGUAUCAGAAAAGGACAAAGACAUCAGAAUUGAUGGGGCUGACAUUACAAUUCCUGAAGAAGUGCUUGCAGUUCAUAUUACAGCACCCAUUGUUGACACUGAAGACCCAUCCAUAGUUAUCAAAACUGAAGGGAAAGAAAGCAAGUUUAAACUACCAAGCCUUGGUUUUUCUGGGCCUCAAAUUAAACAGCCAGACCUUGAUUUAGGUUUAGAAAAGAAAGAUAUGCAUGUGACUCUACCAGCCAAAGCUGAGGUCAACCUCCCUGAUGUUGGCUUGAAAGAACCUUCGGCCCAGGUAGACAUUAAAGGUCCUCAGAUCAAGAUGGGAGAAAAGGGUACAGAAGGAUCACCAUCAAGAUUUAAGAUGCCAUCAUUUAAAUUACCUACAUUUGGAGUUGGUACUUCAAGUGCUACUGUAGAAGUACCAGAUACGGACAGAGACAUUACAAUUGAUGGAACUAACAUUACAAUUUCUGGAGAAGUUCUAGCAGUUGACAUUGCAGGGCCCAGUAUUGAAACUAAAGUUCCAUCAGUAGAUAAAACAGAAACCCAACAGGAGCAAAAAGGAAGCCACUUUAAACUACCAAGUCUUGGUUUUUCUGGGCCUCAAAUCAAACUGCCUGAUAUGGAUUUAAGCUUAUCACAGAAAGACAUACAUGUGACUAAACCAGAAGCAACAGCUGAUGUCAAACUCCCUGACGUUGGACUGAAAAAACCUUCUGCUGAGGUGGAACUCAAAGGUCCUGAGAUCAAAGUUGUAAAGAAAGGAUCAGACGGAUCGACAUCAAAAUUUAAGAUGCCAACAUUCAAACUACCCAAAUUUGGAGUUAGUACUUCAAGUGCUGCCAUAGAGGUGCCGAAUACAGACAAAGAAAUCAAAAUUGAUGGAGCUGACAUUAAAAUUCCUGAACAGGUGCUUGCAGUUCACAUUCAAGCACCAAGCAUUGACACUGAAGGCCCAUCAAUAGAUAUUAAAACGACAGGAACUGAACAUGGAGAGAAAGGAAGCAAGUUUAAACUACCGAGCCUUGGUUUUUCCGGGCCUCAAAUCAAACGUCCUGACAUUGAUUUAAGCUUUUCAAAGAAAGAUGUUGAUGUUACACUACCAGAGGCAAAAGCUGAAGUCAAACCCCAUCAAUUUGGAUUAAAAGAAACAACUGCUGACAUUGAAAUGAAAAGUCCUGAGAUUAAGGUUGAGCCAAAGGGUAAAGAAGGAUCACCAUCAAAAUUUAAGAUGCCAUCAUUCAAAUUGCCAAAAUUUGGCAUUGGUCUUCCGAGUGCCACUGUGGCAUUGCCCGAUACGGACACAGACAUAAAAAUCGAUGGAUCUGACAUAAUAAUUCCUGAAGAGGUGCUUUCAGUUCACAUUACAGCUCCCAGCAUUGACAAUGAAGGCCCAGCAAUUGAUAUUAAAACUACAGGAACUGAACAUGAAGGAAAAGGAACCAAGUUUAACGUGCCAAGCUUUGGUUUUUCCGGGCCUCAAAUCAAACGUCCUGACAUUGAUUUAAGCUUUUCAAAGAAGGAAGUCGAUGUAACACUACCAGAAACAAAAGCUGAAGUCAAACUCCCUAAAGUCGAACUCUCUAAAGUUGGAUUAAAAGAAACUCUUGCUGAAAUUGAAAUUAAAAGUCCUGAGAUUAAGGUUGAGCCGAAGGGUAAAGAUGGGUCACCAUCAAAAUUCAAGAUGCCAUCAUUCAAAUUACCAAAAUUUGGAGUUAGUCUUCCAAGUACCACUGUGGCAUUGCCCGAUACGGACACAGACAUCAAAAUCGAUGGAUCCAACAUUACAAUUCCUGAAGAGGUGCUUGCAGUUCACAUUACAGCACCCAACAUUGAAACUAAAGGCACAUCAAUAGAUAUUAAAACUACAGUAAGUGAACAUGAAGGAAAAGAAAGCAAGUUUAAACUACCAAGCCUUGGUUUUUCUGGGACUCAAACCAAACGUCCUGACAUUGAUUUAAGCUUAUCAAAGAAAGAUGUAGAUGUAACUCUACCUGAAUCAAAGGCUGAAGUCAAAAUCCCUGUAGUCAAACUGAAAAAACCAUCUGCUGAAGUGGAAAUUAAAGCUCCAGAGAUUAAGAUUGCGACAAAGGGAAAAGAAGGAUCACCAUCAAAAUAUAAGAUGCCAACAUUCAAAUUACCAACAUUUGGAGUUGGUACUCCGAGUGCUACCGUAAAAGUGCAAGACAGAGACAUCAAAAUCAAUGGAGCAGACGUUACAAUUCCUGAAGAGGUUCUUUCAGUUCACAUUGCAGCACCCAACAUUGAAACUGAAGGCCCAUCAAUAGAUAUUAAAACAAAAGGAACUGAACCUGAAGGAAAAGGAAACAAGUUUAAAAUGCCAAGUCUUGGUUUUUCUGGACCUCAAAUCAAAGGGCCGAACAUUGAUAUAAGCUUAUCAAAGAAGGCUGUAGAUGUGACUCUACCAGAAGCCAAAACUGAAGUCAACCUCCCCCAAGUUGAAAUAAAAGGAGAAUCAAAAGCUGAAGUCAAACUUCCUGAUGUUGAAACAAUAGAGGGUGAUGCCAAGUUGAAAAAGUCAACUUGGACAAUGCCAAGAUUUUCCUUUUCAACGGCAAGCGUUAAGGCACCUGAGGUUGAUGUUAACGCUGAUGCCCCAAAAGUUGACGUUACACUACCAGAGGUCAAAACAGACGUAUAUAUUCCAGAUAUUGAUAUCAAAGAAACCUCAGGUAUUUCAAUGGAGGGGGCACAUUCCACAGACAUAGAUGCCAAAAUGAAGAAGCCAAGGUUCUCAUUACCCAGAUUUUCAUUUUCAAAGCAAGGUUCUAAAGAGUCUAAAGUUGAUGUUAGUGUCCCAAACGUUGAUGUUUCUCUUCCAGAAGGGAAUGUGGAAGGUAAACACCCUGGUGUUGAAGUGAAGCCACAAGAAGGUGAUUUAGAAUUACAGGGGCAGGAAAGCAAGUUUAAAAUGCCAAAGUUUGGCAUCUCAAUGCCCAAAGUAAAAGGACCUGAAUUUGAUUCAAGUGUAUCAAAGAAAGAUUUUGAACUGACAUUACCUGAAACUAAAGCUGAAAUUAACCUGCCCAAUGUUGAAGUCAAAGGACCUGAAGUUGAAAUAAAAGCUGCAACAAUGAAUACUGAAGGAUCACCAUCAAAAUUGAAGAUGCCUACAUUCAAUUUACCAACAUUUGGAGUCGGUAUUCCAAUUGCCUCGGUUGAAGUGCCCGAUACAGACAAAGACAUCAAAAUUGAUGGAACUGACAUAACAAUUCCUGAAAAGGUUCUUGCAGUUCACAUCACAGCACCCAGCCUUGACACUGAAGGCCAAUCAAUAAAACAUGAAGUAAAAGGCAGCAAGUUUAAACUGCCAAGUCUUGGCUUUUCUGGUCCUCAAACCAAACGGCCUGGCAUUGAUUUAAGCUUAUCAAAAAAAGACGUAGAUGUGAUUCUACCAGGAGCCAAGGCUGAAGUCAAACUUCCUGAAGCUGGACUGAAAGACCCUUCCACUGAAGUGGAAAUUAAAGGUCCUGAGAUCAAGAUUGCAACACAGGGUACAGAAGGAUCGCCAUCAAAAUAUACAAUGCCAACAUUUAAGUUACCAAAGUUUGGAGUUGGUACUCCAAGUGCUACCGUAAAAGUGCCUGAGACUGACUUCAAACUUGAUGGAGCUGAAAUUCCUGAAGAGGAUCUUGCAGUUCACAUAGCAAAAACCAGCCUUGACAUUGAAGGCCCAUCAAUAGAUAUUAAGGCUACAGGAACUAAACAUGAAGGAAAAGAAAGCAAGUUUAAACUACCAAGUUUCGGCUUUUCUGGGCCUCAAAACAAACGACCUGACAUUGAUUUAAGCUUAUCAAAGGUUGAGGGAGAUGUUACUUUACCAGAAGCCAAAGCUGGAGUCAAACUCCCUCAUGUUGAACUAAAGGAAUCUUCUGCUAAAGUGGAAAUUAAAGCUCCUAAAAUUGAUGUCCAGACAAGUAAUGUUGAAGGAUCACCAUCUAAAUAUAAGAUGCCCGCAUUCAAAUUACCGAAAUUCGGAGUUAGUACUCCAAGUGCUACAGUAGAAGGGCCCAAUACAGACAUUAACAGUCCGGAAGAAGUGCUUUCAGUUCACAUCACAGCGCCAAGUAUUGACACUGAAGGCCCAUCAAUCGAUAUUAAAACUACAGGAACUGAACAUGAAGGAAAAGGAAGCAAGUUUAAACUACCGAGUUUCGGUUUUUCUGGGCCUCAAGUCAAGCAGCCUGACAUUGAUAUAAGUUUAUCAAAGAAAGAUGUAGAUGUAAUUUUACCUGAAACUAAAGCUGAAGCCAAAGAAACUGAAGGUGUCAUUUCAGUGCCAGAUGAACCGGCAGUUGACAUUGAUACCAAAAAACAAGCAACAUGGGCAUUUCCAAGAUUUUCAUUUUCAAGGUCAGCUGGUAAAGCCUCUGACGAUGAACCUGAAACACCCAAAGUGGAUGUCACAUUACCAAAGGCAGAAGCAGAAGUCCAAGGAGGACUAUCAGGGGCCGUUUCAAUAGAAGAGCCUCCUGCUGCAGAACUUGAUCCAAACUUGAAAAAAAGACAGUUUUCCCUACCCAGAUUUUCUUUUUCGAAGUCAAGUGUUAAAGAACCCACGGUAAGUGCUGAGCUACCACAUGUUGAUGUUUCUCUUUCGGAAGGAGAAGUGAUAGUCAAGCAACCUGAAAUGAAAAUAAAAGCUCCUGAGCUUGAAGCUGAACAUGAUGGACAAGGAAGCACAUUUAAAUUACCAAAGUUUGGCAUUGCUCUACCAAAGAUAAAAGGAUCCGAAGAUAUCAAUGCAUCACAGAAAGACGUAGAUAUCACUGUGACAGAUGUUAAAGCCAAAGUCACACUUCCAGAUAUUGAAGCCAAAGAAUAUUCAGCCAGUGUGGAAAUGAAAGAUUCUGAGAUUGAAGCUCAGUCAAAAGGUUUUGGAGGAUUGCCAUUAAAAUUUAAAAUGCCAACAUUGAAAAUGCCGAAAUUCGAAGUUGCUACCCAUGAUGUCACUGUAAAAGCACCGGAUUCAGACAAAGUAGAUGAAACGGAUGGGGCUAAACAUAAGGAGGACAUUACUCUCAUCAUCAAAGGUCCAAGUGUUGAUAUUAAAACGGAUGAGGCUGGCAGCGUUGAUCUUGGAUCUCCAAGUAAAUUUAAAUUACCAUCAUUUAAACUGCCAAAGCUGAGCUUUUCAAGACCCAACGCUGAAGGUGAACAUGUUCCAGUUGACACUGAAUCCAAAGAAGAUCAGCUGAAAAUUGAAGUUGAUCCAAAAGGAGAGAGUAAAUCACAAAAAGUUACUUUGACAUCAUUUGGUGAGAUCAUCAGGAAUUUGGAUGUUGAAAUUGAUGCUGCAAAAUCUGAAGAACAACUUGAAACUUUAAAGGAAGUUCAAGAAACAGUGGAACCAAAUGGAAAGCAGCCAGAGGCAAAGGAAAAAGAAACAAAGCAAGAUACUACUAAAAGUCCUGAGAGGACAAGUUGGCUUAAAUUCCCCAGGUUUGGACUGUCCUCCCCAUCAGAGCCUGCCAAGACCGUUGAAAAAGAGGAGCAGAAGGAUGAAAAGAGCCCAGUAGGGGAAACAUCGGAUGAGGAAAUAAGUCCCACGUCUUCAGUCCAGUCAUCAGACGCCUUUGCUGAUAUUAGCUCUGCAAUGACUAGUGAGCAUCUUGGCCUGUCCUUAUCAUCUCCAACAAAGGUGGUCACAGUCAAGUUCUCUGAUCCCAACGUUGCUUCAGGUCUUGGUGAGAUGCAUAGUAACGUUAUUACUUCUACCACAAGGACUGAGAUUAUCUCGGUUGAGCCGAAAUUGCCUGAGAAAAUCACAAUUUUGUCGUCUGGAGCUUCUUCUUCAUCGGAAGACACGCUCAGACUGGAUUCAGGAAAAUUACAUGUCUUCACAUCAAAUAUACAAGCGACACCAGAAUCACAGUAUGCCAAACUGCUAACUGAUUUCCAAAUCCAAUCAGCAGGAGGCCUUCCCCUAGAACCAGAGGCUUACAAAGCUGCAUCCUGGACUGUCGAAGAACCGGAAAGCGGCAAGAGAACGGUAUACGAGAGGCAUUUAGUUAAGGAAACAUCAAGUGAAAGCAAAGAAACAAUCGUUAUAACUCAACAAAUCACACGUACGUUUGACUCUUCUGAGACAGCUUCAUCCAUUCAACGACUGAAAGACUCUAUGCACUCCGAUAAAAUGAGGUUCUUUGAUGGAGCCGAUGAGUGAAAUGACUUUAUGUAAAUUAUGUCAGAAGAUACAAACCCUUAUUAUCCCGCCUCAGUGGCUGGUGGGCUUUUGAAUAUCACUGUCACAGAAAGCGAGAUAGAAAACAGGUUUGGCAACUGCAAAAGACUGUUAGCAAAUGUAACUUACCAAUCAUAGGAAAUGAUCAGUGUUCAGGAGUUAACUUCAAUCUCUGGUAGCAUGUUGUUGACCUAUAAAGAGAUGGAUUAAUUAAAUGUACAGACAAUGUGAUUUAGUUGUUAAUAAGCUCUAUAAUUCAGUGCUUUUACUUCAAUUUAUGAAAGGACUUCACCAAAUAUCCUUGCUUAUUGUGGUACAAAACUAAAGUAAGCCAUGUGUUUUGCUUCUCAAAACGUAUAAUAUAUUUGUGGUUUCAUAGUUUUAAAUGUACAACAACUGAUCCAAAGUACUUGUGCACUUAUUUAUCGGAUGAUAAUCAAUGAUGCAUUUGAUUUAAAAACUGUUUAUCUGAACAAAAUUGAUGUUACUGACAUUCCAAAAUAUGUUUACAAUAAUUUCUCUGUAAUGUUGACAGUUAAAAACACCUACAAUAUUAUGGGCAGUAGGCAAUAUGACAAAAAAAAAUUAUGUACAUGUAUCUGCAGGAUAUUCUUGUUGCUGUGGCUGAAACGUAAAGAGACAGUAGCAUUGCAAAGCUGAAAUGAAACGCUUAUGAUCAAAAACACCAAGUGUACUGCUACAAACUAUAUUUUUUAUUAAUAUUUUGCUUACAACCUAAUUUGCUACAGUAAAAUAUAUCCAGAGUUUGGUAUCUUUCAAUAUCACUGUACAACGUGGGAAUCUUAAACUAGCAGUGUAAAUAGCUUUUAAUGAAUCCAUGAAUUCUGAUGUAACAUGUUUGCAAAGUUAUACACAAUAAAUA